AUGGCAGCUUCCAACUUCACCCAAGAUGACUCACCAACAUUCAUCCUGACGGGCAUCCCUGGCCUGGAAGAUGCCCAUAUCUGGAUUUCCAUCCCUUUUGCUGCAUUCUACAUGACAGCUCUGUUGGCAAAUUUCACAGUACUGUCUAUUGUGGCCAAAGAGCAGAGCUUGCACAAGCCGAUGUAUCUGCUGAUCUGCAUGCUGGCGCUCUCAGACAUUGUCACAUCUACCUCCUUCAUCCCAAAGGCCCUGGGUAUAUUUUGGUUCAAUUUGAAAAGCAUCACUCUGGCUGGCUGCCUCACCCAGGUCUUCUUCUUUUUGGCAAGUGCUACUGUGCACUCAGGUGUCCUAAUGAUAAUGGCCAUUGAUCGCUAUGUGGCCAUAUGUAACCCUCUGAGAUACACCAGCAUCCUCACUAACGCACGAAUUGCUAAGCUAGGGCUAGUGUGUGUGGUAAGAGCUGUUCUCUUCAUUCUGCCUGAGCCUGUGCUCCUAAGCCGGCUGCCGUUCUGUGCCAAUCGCAUUAUGCCCCACACAUACUGCGACACCAUGGUUGUGGCAAAGUUGUCCUGUGGGGAUAUCACAGGAAGCAAAAUGUACGGUUUGGCAUUGGCAUUUGUAGUCACUGGGUUUGACUUGACGGUCAUUGCCACGUCCUAUAUGCUAAUCGCCAGGGCCGUCCUCCAAAUCUCCUCCAAGAAAGCCCACCAGAAAGCCCUCAGCACCUGUACCGCCCACAUCCUUGUGAUACUCAUGGCUUAUCCCCCUGGCCUCUUCUACAUUCUGGCACACCGGUUCAGUGAAGGCAUCACACCUUAUGUGCACAUCAUUUUAGCCAACCUCACUUACCUCAUGCCCCCCAUGCUCAACCCUAUCGUGUAUGGGGUCAAAACCAAAGAGCUUCGUGAUAAAGUGGUUGCAUUCAUCGGCAGAAGAUGCUCAACUGAUGUCCCUGACUAUAAAACCACAUGA